AUGUCGCUGGACAACUCCGAGUACGCGAUGAAGCCUGCUGAAGAGCUGCCUCUCACCGAUGAGUGUCAUCAAUACCAAGGAAAGAAUGAGGUGCCGUGGGAUAUUCAAAAGUAUUUUGCGCAACGAUAUUCCAUCUUUUCACUCUACGAUUAUGGAGUCUACAUGACAGACGAUGCCUGGUUCGGUGUAACGCCUGAGCCAGUCGCAAACCAAGUUGCCAACGAUAUGUAUGGUACUGAUGAGAAGAAGCACAUCCUCAUCGAUGUCUUCGGCGGCGCAGGCGGCAACUCCAUCGCAUUCGCCCUCUCCGAACGCUGGAGUCGCGUUAUCUCUAUCGAGCGCGACCCUUCUACACUCGCCUGUGCUCAAAACAACUCCAAAGUGUAUGGCGUUGAGCCCGGUUUAAUUACUUGGAUUCUCGGGGAUAGCUUUGAGUAUCUCGACAGAUUGAUCAACCGUCCAGAAGAGCUACAUCCAGACCUGAGAGUCAAUCUUGACGAAACAGUAUUAUUUGCCAGUCCGCCCUGGGGAGGUCCCGGAUACCGCACCGACGAGGUGUUCAACCUGUACAACAUGCAGCCCUACAAUCUUGACGAUCUUCAUAAUGCGUACAAUAGAUUGGACCAUGCCCUUUUCCUGCCAAGGACGAGCGAUAUUCGACAGAUUGCUAAGCUGGCACCUCCUGAUAGGAAAGUCGAGGUUGUACAGUACUGCAUGGAGGGAGCUAGCAAGGCUAUGGUUGCGUACCUUCCGAGCAAGCACUCCGAGAAACACGAAUAG